GUUCGGUAGCCAUUUUCGUAAAAGCGUUUUGCACUUUCAAUCCGUUGAGGUUCGUGUGUGCUAGUAAGUUUCUAUCAGUGCCGGUGAAAAUCAGUAUUUAUCGACCGAUCAUCGCAUUUUCUUCAACGAAAAAGGUUCCAUUCUGUGUGGGAAACAACUGAGUAUAGUAUCUUAGAGUGUCGAAGACGUUUCAUCUGUGCAUAAGUAUAUAACCGGAUCGAGAAAGAAUGAUGGACAACGAUAACAACGACCAAAACAAUCGGGAUCGCUCCCGGCGCAGUGACCGAGGUCGCAAUAAUAGUCGUUUCAGCAACGAUCGUGACCGCAGCCGUGAUCGGGAUCGCGAUCGCAGCGAUUGUCGCCGUAUUUACGUCUCGAAUGUGCCCUACGAGUAUCGAUGGCAAGACUUGAAGGAUUUGUUCCGUAAAGAGGUCGGUGAUGUGUCCUUCGUUGAGCUGUUUCACGAUGAAUCGAACAAACCGAGAGGCUGCGGCAUUGUAGAGUUCGAGAAGGCGGAACAUGUUCAGAUGGCGCUGGAUAAGAUGAACCGGUUCGACAUCAACGGGCGACAGUUGGUUAUCAAGGAAGAUUAUGGUAACGAGAGAGACAAGUAUGGUCGAGUGGUACCCAAGUCGUUUCGUGGUGAACGCGACGGGGACAACCGACGUCGAGAUCGGGAUGACGAUAGAAUCUCGGGACGUGACGAUGGCGGUGGCUUCAAUCCGGACUUCAAUACUUACGGUCUAAGCAUCAAAUUUUUGGAAGGUCUUGGUAUUCAGGGUCCCCUGCAUACCCGUAUCUUCAUUGCCAAUCUUGAUUACAAGGUCGAUGCCAAAAAGCUGAAACAGGUUUUCAAAUUGGCCGGAAAAGUGCAGAAUGUGGAUUUGUCCGUCGAUAAAGAUGGCAACAGUCGUGGUUUUGCCGUUAUUGAAUAUGAUCAUCCGGUCGAAGCGGUUCAAGCCAUCUCCAUGUUCGACAGGCAAAUGUUGUUCGAUCGUCGUAUGACCGUCCGCCUUGACCGUGUGCCGGAGAAGGGUGAACUGAAUCGCCUUCCGGAGGGCUUGAAGGGUAUCGGCAUCGGUCUUGGUCCGAACGGUGAACCCUUGAAAGAUGUCGCACGCAAUCUUCCUUCGCUACAGCAAAACAAUCAGAUUCAGAACAACCCCAUCCAGAAUUCGGCCCCCACUCCGGUUCAGCCUCCACUUGGUGGUAAUCUGUUGAGUGCUGCUAGUAGUAAUCUGUCAGGAUUAAACAGUAAUCUUGCUGCUCAGUUGAGCAACGUUGUUGGUUUAUCAACUCUGACCGGUAACCUUCAGAGUUCACUUUUGAGUAAUGCCGCAGCUGGUCUUUCCAAUUUGACUGGAUUGGGUAAUCUGGGUGGCGGAGGAGGAGGUUCCGGCCUUGGUGGACUCGGUGGUUCAGGAGGUUCUGGACUGGCAGGUCUUGGUUCACUUGGUGGUGGCGGAGGUGGUGGUAACGAUGGUGGUCUUGGCGGAGGUCUCGGCAGUGGUCUUGGCGGCGGCAAUUUCAAUCAGAACUAUUCUUCCGGUGGCUUCGGGAACAACGGCGGUGGCAAUCGUGGCAAUGAUUAUGACAUGGGAUCUUCCAACGUUCGCAACUAUAGUACUGCACCAAAUGAUGACUAUGGUCGAAACUAUGGAAACAUUAAUAAUGGCAAUCGCAAGAUUUCGGACACAAUCAUUAUUCGCAACAUGCCAUCUGCAUGGACCUGGCAAACCCUUCGUGACAAAUUCCGUGACGUUGGAGAGGUCAAGUUUGCGGAAAUUAGAGGACAAGACACAGGCGUCGUUCGCUUCGCUAAGGAGCGAGACGCAGAGGUUGCCAUAAAAAUAAUGGACGGUUCCCGCUUCGAAGGUCGCACUGUCGACGUCAACUUCUUUUAAAGUACUUCACGCUCUCCAUAUUCGCAUUCACCUUCUAAGGGGACAUUUAUCUUGAGCUACAUUAGCUGUCAGCAAUCCUCGGUGUACCCUGAAUUGAGUUGAAGACAUUGUGCAAAUAGGGACAUCUUGUAUCUAGAAACUCUUAAGUUAGCCGGGAUGUUGUCCUAGAAGCAUGAAAUUCAAAUUGUGUGUCACCUGGGCUUACAUUUACGGUCUCAAAUCCGCUAGUAGGUUGCUAGAAAUUUUACUGCUGAUACGUUUUGAACUCUGUUCCUUUAGGUUUUUAGUUGAACUCUCUCUUGCUCAGCGUUGAUUUUCUGUCGUUCGCUUUCCAAAUCAUUGCGAACAUUGCUUAGGUUUCCCGUGCGAAUUAAUUUUGUUUUUCAUUCAGUUAGGACGCAUUACAAUUUUUAUAUUCGACAGCUGCGAUUUUAAGAAAGUGAAAGUAGAUAUUUAUAUAGGACAUAAUCAUGAGACAAUUUCCGGUACAAUGCGAGGGCUUCAAGGUAGAAACAAUCUCGGCUUUGCAAGCGGAUAGGCAGGCGUUCGACGGCCCUCGUUUUCCCCUUAGUAAGUAUUCCUGCGUUGACUCUGGCACUGAAUUAAAUAAGUUAUAGAAUACUAUUGUAUCCCAGCUAAACUGUGUUUCAACUAUAUCGCGGGGUAGCAAUUAUGUACAAUUCCAAAUGCGUGUAUACAUGUGAACAUGAGUAUACAUGACCAAUAAAGAUUUAGAAAUGUAAUAAAUAAAA